ACGUACUGGUAAUCAUAUGAAAACUACGCUUUUCUUUUCAAGCACAGUUUUAUUUACGCUUAUUCUUAUUUCCCUUCGAAAUCAAAUCUGAAAAUAAAUUAUGAAUCCUCAGGUAUCAAAUUUGUUACUAGUCCUUGGAAUAGUUCAAGUGGCUCGCAGAUUAGAUUUAGAUAAUCCGGAAGUAUUAAUAUACGUUCGUAUUGGUUAUCUUGUUUCUCAAACUAUCAUACUAUCGGCCUGUUAUUUUGCAGCAAUUAAGAUAAAGGGAAAGAAUGAUCUAACCGCUCUCAAAUAUGUUGAACCAGCAAAACCGUUUACUAAUGAGCAACCAAAGCUUGUAGAAACAAGUAACAGAGACUAUGAUCUUUCAAAAGUUCAAGAAUUACUUAAACAAACCUUGAUAGGAGUUGUCAUUAUGUUGGUUUUGCAUUUUUAUUGGAAUUUUACACAACCUUUGUUUAUUCAAAGUAUUAUUCCAUUAAAGAAUUUGUAUUAUAAUAAAAUCGUACAAAUUCAUUUGCUUGGUAAACCAGCUGAGGGCGAUUUGAAAAGACCAUUCAAGGAAGCUUCUCCUUUUGGUCAAUUAUCUGAUUCUCAGCAACCACAAACUGAUAAGGCAGCUAUUAAGAAAGCUGCUAAAGCUUCAAAAUCUGGUGAAAAAGAUGAUUAAUUUUAAUAAAGGGAGGGGGCUUAUCUGUAACGUUCAGAUAUCUCUUGUAGAAAAAAAAAAUGCAAUAAUUUUUAUAGUUCUUCUUAAUUUAUUAUUAGAUUAUGUUUGUCAAAAAUUAUUAUUAUAGAAACCAUAUAUUAUAAUCGAGAUUAUUGACAUUCUUAUAUUUUAAUUAUUGCACUUUACAAAUAAUAAUAUUUUUUUUUUUAAUAAUAAAACAAAAAU